AUGAAGAAAGAAGAAUCAGAUUAGUAAGAAUAGAUUUAUAUUCAUUAUGAUAAAUCAUCCUCUUCUUAACCAAUUGGAAUCAUUAAAAUUGAAAAUGAAAGAGUUUGGCUUUCCUUUAAAAAAGUACAUCAUUACAAACCUGAUUCCGCUAUACUUCCUUAUCAAAUGGUUAAAUAAAAUUAUCCAGAUUUAGUACAGUAUUUUAUUCUUAUAAGGUUGCUGAACGAUUACUAUAUGAAAAAUUGUAAUUUGUUGGUUUUACUUAAAACACAGAAAAUCAAGAACAAGCAUGCAUAUUUGAUUUUAAUGGUAAAGAGUGUUUAGUCAAAUGGCUUCCAUCUUAACUAUUUUCUUGGAUACCAGUUGCUUAAGCAGAUCCAUUAAAUCUACUCGAUUUUUUUGAAACAUUAAAUAUUUAUAAAAUUUAUUGA